AUGAAGGCGCGGCGGAGACGGCGCUGGACGCGGCGGAAGUCGAUCGUGCACACGUGCCCCCACUCGGGCUGCGCCAAGAUCUACGCCAAGUCGUCGCACCUGAAGGCGCACCUGCGCACGCACACGGGCGAGAAGCCGUACACGUGCGACUGGAAGGGCUGCGGCUGGCGCUUCGCGCGCUCCGACGAGCUCACGCGCCACUACCGCAAGCACACGGGCGACCGGCCCUUCCAGUGCCGCCUGUGCGAGCGCGCCUUCUCGCGCUCCGACCACCUCAGCCUCCACAUGAAGCGCCACAUGGCGCUCUGAGC